UUAAAGUUAUUCACUUAUCGUUUUGUAAUGGUCUCGCCGGAUAAGAACGAAGGAAUAUCAAUAUCAAAAUACACGUUUGAUAGCUAUCUGGGCCCAAGGAAGACAUGUCUCAUGACCAGGAUCAGCCUGAUGUGGUGGAUCAUACCCUGAAGGUGGAUGAUGAUGAUCUGUUUGCUUCUGCUGUUCAGUCGCCGCUGACGGAGAGCGCCGCCUCUCCGCCGCCGUCGGGCGCGGCGCCCGGCAGUGGCCCGCUGUCAGCGGACCUGGCCGACGCCACGGCCGAGGUCAGCCUCGAGGACGACGAGGAGACGCCGUCGCCGGCCGAGGCGGCGCGCCUCUCGCUGGACGACGCCAGCGAGCUGACAGAGCCGGCAGAGCCGGCGCCGGAGCCGGCCGACCGGCAGACGGAGCCGGCGAGGGAGAAUGGCGCCGCCAGCUCGGAGACGGCGCAGAUCCAGUCCACAGUGCAGGAGGACGCGAACGGCGAGGAGGACGAUGAAGAAACUGACCAGUUCAUCGAGGUCAGCGUCGUGGAGCCCGUCAAAAUCGGCGACGGCAUGUCCUCCUACAUGGCCUACAAGGUCAUCACCAAGACCAACGUCUCCUACUUCAAACGGCAGCGGUUCUCUGUGAUGCGUCGCUUCAGUGACUUCCUGGGCCUUCACGACAAACUGGUCGAGAAGCACAUCCGCUCGGGCCGCAUCGUGCCGCCGGCGCCGGAGAAAAGCGUUAUCGGCACCACCAAGAUCAAGAUCGGCGGCGGCAGCGGGGGCGGGGGCGGCCACGCGAGUCACGGCGGCGGCCCGGAGACGGGCGGCGGUCAGAGCGAGUUUAUCGAGCGGCGCCGCGCCGCCCUGGAGCGCUACCUGAACAGGACGGCCGCCCACCCGACCCUGCGCGCCGACCCCGACUUCAGGGAGUUCCUCGAGCUGGACGAGGAGCUGCCACGCGCCACUCAGACGUCGGCCCUCAGCUCAGCCGGCGUGCUCCGACUCUUCAACAGGGUCGGCGAAACUGUCAGCAAGAUCGCCUUCAAGAUGGACGAGUCGGACGUGUGGUUUGAGGAGCGCGUCCAGCAGAUGGAGUCGCUGGACGGCCAGCUGAGGAAGCUGCACGGCUCGGUCGAGUCCCUGGUGCUCUACAGACGAGAGCUGGCCACCAGCACCGCCCAGCUGGCCCGCGCGGCCGCCAUGCUCAGUAACGUGGAGGAACACACGGCCCUCUCUCGGGCACUCAGUCAGCUCGCCGAGCUGCAGGAGCGUGUCGAGCGCCUGCACUCGCAGCAGGCCGACAAUGACUUCUACAUGCUGGCCGAGAUGCUGAAGGACUACGUCAUGCUCCUCGGGGCCGUCAAGGACGUGUUUCAUGAGCGGGAGAAGCUCUACCAGACGUGGCAGCACGCGCAGCAGACGCUCACCAAAAAGCGAGAGGCCAAGGCGCGCCUGGAGCUGCAGGGACGCUCCGACAAACUGCAGCAGCUGGGGGACGAGGUCACCGAGUGGGAAUCAAAGGUUGAGAGGAGCCAGGAAGAGUUUGAACGUAUUUCGAGGUCGAUUAAGAAGGAGAUGGAAAUGUUCGACUGCAACCGGGUAAAGGACUUCAAAGACUGCAUCGUCAAGUAUCUGGAGACUUUGAUGGCCAACCAACAAAAGCUGGUGAAACUCUGGGAGACCUUCCUGCCAGAGGCCAAGGCCAUCGCGUGAACGCCCGGUGGCGCUGCGACCUCCAUCAACUCUGGUCAUUCCUCUGGGGUCGGUCAGCUCGGGUCGGUCGGAUGAGGGGCGGACUGCGCGGCCGGCCGGUCCCUGUCCGCGCCGGACCCUCACUGCGCCGCUGAGCGCAGGGCGGCCGCACGCUGCGUCCCUCUGACUGUAUAUACAGGGGACGCCACUGACGGCGGCACAGAGCGCCCGCUGCCGCCAGACACACGCCGCGAGUCGCGCCUUGCCCCGCCGCAGCGACGAAUGUAUGUUUAUGAAUGUUAACCAGUUGUCAGGUGUUGGAACGACUAUGCCCUACGAGCACAUCUAUUUGCGCGCGCGCGUGUGUGUAUAGGUUCUUUUUGCUUUUGUACGGCUUUUCAGUUUGACUUGUCCUAGCCCUCGCCCGCACAUGGGGGGGGGGGGGGUGGUUGCCACCCCCCCCCCCAGGUAGUCUUUCUGCUCUGCACUCAACAUUUUUAGAGCUAGAAGGCUGAUUUUUCGUAUAGCUGCUCCUCUGUCCUUUCUUGAUGUCCACUUAAAAUUUCAAGUUUCUGUGGUUUUUGGUUUCGGAGAUAUGACCUUGUUUUUCAGGUCAUGUCAUGGCCCAAAUGGCCAAUUCUCAACAUCUUGCGUUGGCUAUGGGCCUUGUGAGCUUUUGACACCUUGAUUUCGGCCUUUUUUGCCAGUCUUACCUCCCACCUAUCAUGGAACAUGUUGUUCGACGAUGUACAGAUGUCAAGGUCAAGGUCAAGGUCAACCUAGGUCAUCUAAGAUAAUUGCGUUUUAGGCUAGCGGAAUUUACUUUUUGUGAAUUUUUUUGACUGCAUUUUUGGUAAAAGCUUCUCAGAUCAUGAUUUCAUGUAAUAUGGACACACAAACAAUCGGUGUACACAUCAGUAUACGCACAGACACACACAGACAUACAAACACAUAUAAUUGACCUUGACCUAACUUGACCUGAAAUGACCUCAGCAGCAAAAACCUGGUCGGGUAGUGUGACAAAGAGGUUCUAGCUGGCUUGGCACCAGAAAACGGCAUCGUCAUCGGUAUAUGACAAGCAGCGCACUUGAUAUCCAACGGUGACCCAAAACAGAACAUUUUUUAGUUUGACCUGACCUGGAAGGUCAAUGAGUGACCUGAGAAGGUAAAACUGGGUAUCAUUGGAUUCGUCUCUUCCCAAAGAAUCUUUUUGGUCUUUACCGCUAAGCUCUAUCUCCAACAGGAACGAAAUGGCGCGGGGGGGUGGCAACCACCCCCCCCCCCCCCAUGUGCGUUCUAGGAUGGAAAUGGCAUGUGCGGGCGAGGGCUAGUGGAUGGCUUCAAGUCUAUCACCUGCCAACGUCUAAUGCCUAUGGGAGGACCCACGUAGCCCGUUAUGCUCUGUGAUAUGCAUGAGGAGUGCACGGCAGUAUUGGGGGACCGGCUCCCUCAGCCAGUCGAUCCACUCUCUGUGCCUCCGUGGUAGCGAACUCUCGGCCUCCCCGACUGUAUGCCUCAGCCUGUAUCCAACCAAAAGGAAGUUGUUAUGCGAUACUGGAAUCAUGCGUUAUCGAAAAUACACUGCAUCUCUGUACUGAAACGAUUUUAUUAUAUCGUAAUGUUUUUCUUCUCUUUUUUCAAUAAUUUGAUGGGAACAGCGUGAACAUGAAUAACUUUGAAUGAUUACUUUUUUAGUUUUCUGCCAGUGUUCGCCGUUAAAUGGACUUCGAAGAAAUUUUGGGAUGGUUCAGCCUGUUCAGUCGAAACAUCUUUUU